AUGUUGACAGCUAUGUUCUUGGCUGCUCUCAUUCUUAUUACAGUACAUUCGCAGGAAACUGAGGAAACCAUAACAUACACGCAAUGCACAGAUGGCUAUGAAUGGGAUCCUAUUAGGCAACGGUGCAAAGAUAUUGAUGAAUGUGAAAUAGUCCCAGAUGCAUGUAAAGGUGGGAUGAAAUGUGUUAACCACUAUGGAGGAUACCUCUGUCUACCUAGAACAGCACAAAUUAUUGUAAAUGAGCGAGAAGAAGCAGCAGCUGAAUCCACUAGUGGUCGAAACAACGUCAUUCGACGGACUCCAGCUGAUCCUCACCGUGCCCCUCCAAACCCAACUCAUCAAAUUCAGUGUGCAGCUGGGUAUGAGCAAAGUGAUCACAAUGUGUGCCAAGAUAUAGAUGAAUGUGCAACUGGAACCCAUAACUGUAGAUCUGACCAAGUAUGUGUCAAUUUAAGAGGGUCCUUCAGCUGCCAGUGUCCUCCAGGCUAUCAGAAACGAGGGGACCAAUGUGUUGACAUCGACGAAUGCACCCUGCCUCCUUAUUGCCACCACCGAUGCGUGAACACUCCUGGUUCCUAUUAUUGCCAGUGCAAUGCUGGUUUCCAGUUAGCAUCUAACAACCACACCUGUGUAGACAUAAACGAAUGUGAUGCCAAUAACCCAUGUGCCCAACAGUGUUACAAUAUACUGGGUUCCUUCAUCUGUCAGUGUAAUCCAGGAUUUGAGUUAAGCAGUGAUAGAAUCAACUGUGAAGACACCGAUGAAUGCAGAACCUCAAGUUAUAUGUGUCAGUAUCAGUGUGUGAAUGAACCAGGAAAAUUCUCAUGUGUCUGCCCUGAAGGAUACCAGGUAGUAGGAGGCAGAACAUGUCACGAUAUAAACGAGUGCGAGACUACUAACGAAUGCAGAGAGGAUGAAAUUUGCUGGAAUUACCAUGGAGGAUUUCGUUGUUACCCAAGAAAUCCUUGUCAAGAGCCCUAUGUCCUUACAUCUGAGAACCGCUGUGUCUGCCCCGUUUCAAAUGCCAUUUGCCGAGAGCUGCCUUACUCUGUUGUGUACAAAUACAUGAGCAUCCGUUCAGACAGAACAGUGCCCUCUGAUAUCUUCCAGAUCCAGGCAACCACUAUUUAUCCUAAUACUAUUAACACAUUCCGGAUCAAAUCUGGAAACGAAAAUGGAGAGUUUUACCUGAGACAAACAAGUGCCGUAAGUGCAAUGCUUGUACUGGUGAAAUCCCUAUCAGGACCAAGAGAACACAUUGUGGAUCUGGAGAUGCUAACAGUCAACAGUUUGAAUUAUCGUACAAGCUCGGUGUUAAGAUUAACAAUAAUAGUGGGACCUUACGCAUUUUAG